UGGCGCAAGUCUGGAAAGGCCACCCAGCAUCCUCCUCCCUCCCAUCCCCAAACCGAAAAGGCUCCGAGAGAUUCCAUUAAAGCCCAUCUUCCUUCCUUCCACUUCCAGCUGCCGCGGGGCAUCACCAGUUCACCGCCACUUCCCCCAAUCCACUGCUCUCUCGAGCAUCCAUUCCUUCUCCUUCCUCCCGAAGCCUCGUCUUUCUUGUGCUAUAAGUGCCAGCCUCGAUUCGCCGCCUAAAGCUUGCGCGGGACAACGAAAGGGCGGUUCUUCUAGUGGUCUGGUUUCAUCGAUUCGUUUUGGUUUCUUGGGGCUGCGAUGGAGGGCGGCGGCGGCGGCGAUUAUAUUUCCAGCUUGCUGAACUCGUCGCCGAUGCUCGACUUCGGAGUGCUGGACGGCACCGGCGCCGGCGGGGACUGCCUGGACAAGUUCUGCGGCGACCCAGGGUUCGCGGAGCGGGCGGCGCGGCUCUCCAGCUUCAACGGGCAGCGCUUUCCCGGGGCCGCCGCGGGGCUCUUCGGGAUGCCGCCGCCGGCGCCCGCCGCGAGCAAUGGCGACUUCGGCGGCGCCGGCUCGCGGGAGGCGUCCUCCGUGUCCGACCCCGCCUCGGGGAUGAUGAAGGACGCCAAUGCCAAGAAGAGGAAGGCGUCCGCGGCAAAAGGCAAAGCCAGGGAGCCUUCCCUGAGCACCUCUGGCCAAGUUGGGGAUCAGAAGGAAUUGGAUGCCAAGAGGUGCAGGACAGGUGACGCCGAGAAGAAGACGGCCCCGGUGAAGCCGAAGGCGGAGCAGGCCAGGAGCGGCAGCUCCGUCGAGGACUACGGCGAGCCGAAGAAGGGCAAGGGGAAGAAUGCCAAGCCGGUGGAACCCCCCAAGGACUACGUCCAUGUCCGGGCGAGGAGAGGGCAGGCCACUGAUAGCCACAGCCUUGCAGAGAGGGUGAGAAGAGAGAGAAUCAGCCAGAGGAUGAAGUUUCUCCAGGACCUUGUUCCAGGAUGCAACAAGGUGAUUGGCAAGGCACUCAUGCUUGAUGAGAUCAUAAACUAUGUGCAGUCGCUGCAGCGGCAAGUCGAGUUCCUGUCUAUGAAGCUGGCAACUGUGAACCCACUCGACUUCAGUAACCUGCCUACACUCCUGCACAAAGAUAUGUACCAGGCAUGUGGCCCUUCAGCGAGCUCGGUUUUCUCGCUCGAAAGUUCCAACUCGGCUUUUCCAUUUAGCGAUCAAGGAGAUGUUUUCCAGUCGUUUGUGCCAAACAGCAUGGAGAGCCAGUGCACCCUGAACCAGUUAGAUCUGGCUCUUUCUCAUGCUACAAGUGCACAAUAUGCUUUUCAGGAUGGAACAGGCAGCACAAACUUGCAACAACAGCAAAGGAACUUCUGGGAGGACGAUCUCCAGAGCGUUUUCCAUGUCGACAACAACAAUGGACAGAGCCAGGACAACGCGGCGGGUUCAGCACAGAGCUUUAAUGUGAUUGCAGGCGCGGAUGAGUCGACGCAAGCAGGCCAGAUGAAAAUGGAGUUCUGAUCGGCGGAGACCAUAUAUAUAUCUCGCCGGACGGAGAUGAAACAUUGGCAAAUUUGUACAUAGGAAGAUGGAACUACAAGACCAAGAAGAAGAAGAGCCGCAAGCAAGCAAAGCAAAGCAAAUGGCGAGUGAAGCUUUGGCUCUGAACUCUGAAGCUAAUUAACAGUGUUUGAAAUUCCAAGUAGAACUCAAAAAGGAGACGAAUUUGCUUCUUCCUGUCAUAUCCUGCCUGUAGACUAGGGCGAUGUGAUUUCUCCCCCCCCCCCCCUCCCUAUAUUUCCUCGCAUUGAUUAAUCAUAUAUAAUACAGCGUAAAUUAACGAUCAACUACAGCUGUGUGUUUACAAGUGUAAGAGACACGGUGCAAAUAUAUAGUACUAACAUUAUUAUUAUU